AUGCCUGUCUCGGUGACGUCCUGGGAUGCGGUCUUCAAAGCCCCCAACUCGGUGAUCGACGACUCUGAGGGGCACACCCUGGCAUCCAUCUCGUCCCUCACGCCGGACAUCCGCGCAGAGCUCUCGCACGGCGGCAACGUCAGCGCGGCCACGCUGGUCGGCCGGAAGCUGGCUGAGGUGUGCAUCCAGCGCAACAUCGAGAAGGUGGCCUUCGACCGUGGCGGGUUCCUGUACCACGGGAGGGUGCAGGCCCUGGCCGACGCCGCCAGGGAGGCUGGACUCAAGUUUUAG